GAGAUUAGAAUAGCCAGAAACACUUUUCCAAAGACUUCUGUGCCAUUUCUUCCAGCGUGAAGGUGACAAGUGAUCAAACCUUCACAUUCCUGAAGACCUUGCAGUUGCAAGAUCAUUGUGAUCUCCUCCAGAACCUUCUUGCAGAACUAGCCAUCAUAUUAUCAUCGUCAGAAUGUCCAAACCACCGUCGAAGUCUGUCUUCGUCGGCAAUAUCCCAUACGGCCUUACAGAAGAACAGAUUAUUCGCAUAUUCAGCAGUGCAGGAAAAGUUCUCAACUUCCGGCUUGUGUACGAUCGCGAGACAGGCAAGCCGAAGGGGUUUGGAUUUGUCGAGUUCCCAGAUUCAGACUCUGCUGCAUCUGCAGUACGAAACCUCAACGACUACGAAAUCAUGAAUCGAAAAUUGCGCGUCGAUUUCUCAAACGAUGGAGGGGAGGAAGAAACACAACCUGCACCUACAAGCUACAGACCUCCACCUCCCUCGAAUGGGGUUUCCAGCUCACUGCCGCCGAUCAAUCCGAACUCCUCCAUCCCUCCUCUGCCUGCUGGAGCCGAUCUACCUGCAGGUUUGACCUGUCCAGAUGCCAUUUCCCGAACUCUCAACACUCUGCCAGCUGAACAACUACUCGAUGUCCUCUCGCAAAUGAAGACUUUGGCCACCACAGACGCUGCGAAGGCGACGGAACUUCUACACCAAGCACCCCAACUCUCGUACGCCAUAUUCCAAGCAUUGCUCCUCAUGGGACUUGUCUCUACCGAAGCCCUUAGCUCAGUUGUCGAACAGGCUUCUGCACCGCCUCCUCUGCUGACUCCACAACAACAACAAGCCUACCAAGCCCCAACCCCAAGCAACUACCCACCAGGCUACCCCCCUCCACCUCCUCAUAUGAGCGGUCAGAUGGGCAUACAAAUGGGCACACCACCAGUGCAAAACCAAGGAUUAUACCCCCCACCACCGCAACAACGUGCUCCUCCCCCUCAGCAGCAAGCCCCACAGCAAAAUCUGGCAGAUACGGACGCAUUGAUGCAACAGGUUCUUGCUAUGCCACAAGAGGUCAUUGACAGCUUGCCACCCGCGGACAGGGCGCAGCUUCUUGCGUUGAGAGCAAGCUUUGGAAGAUAA